GUAAAGCCUCGUGUUAUCAAAAAUGUAUACAACUGAAACAGCGAGCAUAUUCGCCUAUACUCAUCUGCUUUAGUCUUCUAUCAUGCAAGGGAAAAAAGAAAUGGAAAUUCGAAAAUUGAUUUUAUCAAUGCUGUGAAAAUGAGUUUCUUCAGUCAUUAAUCAGUUAUGGCAACUCCAAAUUCCAAAAAAUCAGAAAAGAAAACAAGUUUUUUUGGUGGAAUUUUUGGAGGUGCAAAUCGGAGAACCGGCAAAAAUUCAUUAGUAAACUAUGAUUAUGUUAAAGGAGUUGAAACUAUUGAAUAUAGGAGAAAAUCUGAUGGAACUGUUAAACAACAAAUUGUAGAAAAAAAUUCUUAUCAAUCUUAUAAAGCCCAGUAUUUUAGAGGACAUAGGUUUGAAUUGUAUCAUAAACCAACUUGGUGUGACAUUUGUCAAGAAUUAUCAUGGGGUUUAUAUGCUCAAUCUGCAAGAUGCUGUUUUUGUCGUUUUACUUGUCACUUAAAAUGUGUAAAUUCUGUGUCUUUGGAUUGCCCAAAAGCACCAUCAAUAGAAAAAUCAUUUGAUGAGAUUACAAAAGAAGUUCAAGAAAUAUUAAGUUUCCAAGAGGGAUAUGAACAUGUAUUAGUUCAAAAUAAUAAUUUACCUAGUUUUGUAACUUCUUUAAAUCAUCUUCGAAAACUUAUUGAAGAAUUUAACUCCCAGUCACCUGUUAUAAUGACAUUACAUAGUGACGGGACAUUUGAUGGGUUUAUUCGCGUCCACAUGAAUCUAAACAGACCUGUAAAUGUUUCUACUGAUGUUUCAAAUUUGACAUUAAGGAAAGCAGUUGCUGCUAAACGGUUAUCAGAUUCUCGAAGACCUCUUUCAGAAAUUUUUAAACCAGAAAGUUCUGAUCGUGAUUCAGAUGCCCAUUCGACACCAAAUUUUUCUCAUGGAAAUGAGUUAUCAGUUUUAGAAAGAAGAAAUACUAAACCUGCACGAAGACUAAGCUUUUAUAUGCCAAGAGGAACAUAUAAACCUUUGCAUGUAACUAGUACUACAACUGCACUUGAGGUGAUUAGUGCCCUUUUAACUAAAUAUAAUGUCACUGAUAAUCCAAAAAAAUUUGCACUUUACGAAAAGCAUGUUCCAGCAGGAGACAAAAACAAUAAAGAAGCAACGUUUCGGCGAUUAAGAGGCGAUGAGAAUCCAUUACUUUUACGGUUAAAUUGGGGGGCAUUAAAUACUACAGACUCUUUUGUUUUAAAGGAAGAUGACGAAGGUCCUAUUCAGUGGACAAAUUUUGAGUUACCUGAAUUAGCAAAUUUUCUUGAGAUUUUGCAAAUGGAGGAAGAUGCUAUGUUGGCUCAGAUAUACAAAAGGUUUGAGUUGUAUAAGCAAUCACUGCAAAAAGCAAUCGAGUUAAAAGAUCGAAUAGUGUGACUGUUAAUAUUAGUUAGACCAUUUGUUAAAAUAACAAUAAAGCUAAAACACUGUCUUGAUCAAUUUAAUAUAGAUUACGUCUUCUAAAUAUUAGAUCAGAUAUGGUCUAUUGAGUAAUUUAUAAUUUGGUAGAGUGAGUUUUUAAUACUGUGAAAUAUGUUUUGACAACUGGAUUUAAAUCAAUAACCGUAUAAUUUUUUA